AUGGAACAGGCACUCAUCUUCCUCCUGGUUGUCACAACCGUGUCUGGGUGUGGUGUACCCAGCUACCAGCCAGACACCAGCCGUGUGGUAAACGGGGAAGAAGCCCGUCCAUACAGCUGGCCAUGGCAGGUUUCUCUGGAGUCUUUCUUCCCCACUUGUGGAGGAACACUUAUUGCUCCAAACUGGGUCUUGACUGCUGCACACUGCAUCACAUUCCACACAUACAGGGUGGUUCUUGCUGAACAUGACAUGAACAAGGAAGGACCUGAACAGUCUAUUAUGGUGGAAAAAAUGCUUCUCCAUCCUAAGUGGAAUGACAACUGUGUGUCUUGUGGGAAUGACAUUGCUCUGCUGAAGCUGGAGAGGAGUGUUGUUCUCAAUGACAAGGUUCAGCUGGCAUGCCUGCCGCAGAACGGUGACACUCUGGGAAACAACCAGCCCUGCUACAUCACAGGCUGGGGUCGUCUCUACUCUGGUGGGCCCAGGGCAGCUACACUACAGCAAGCUCUACUUCCAGUGGUGGAGCACAGUAUCUGUAGCCAAAGUGACUGGUGGGGCAGUUCAGCAAAGACAACCAUGAUCUGUGCAGGAGGAGAAAGCAAGUCAGCAUGCCAUGGCGACUCUGGAGGUCCCCUGAACUGUAAGGGUAGAGACAACAGAUGGUACGUCCAGGGAGUGACCAGUUUUGUGGAUGGACGUGGGUGUAAUACCCCUCAGAAGCCCACAGUCUUCACCCGUGUGGCUUCUUUCAUCCCUUGGAUCAGUGAGACAAUGGCCCAAAACUGA